AUGAAUGGAAAAUACACGGUUAAAUCUGGUUAUCAAGUAGAGCGGGUUUAUCCGGAUAGAGAUCGAGUACUCCCAGAGUAUGGUCCUUCGGUCUCUCUCUUAAAGGCUUACUGCUGGAAGAUAAAAUGCUCACCAAAGAUGAAACAUUUCCUAUCCCAAAUAGUUUCAGGCUGUAUAGCGGUUAAAAAGAACUUGAAGGCACGAGGGAUGAAAGGAGAUACAAUCUGUGACAGAUGUGGAGCACCCGAAGAAUCUAUAAACCAUGUAUUUUUCGAGUGUCCACCGGCGGUUCAGAUAUGGGCUUUGUCGAAGAUCCCAACUAAUCCAGAUAUCUUCCCGACACAGGCAAUAAUCACAAAUAUGGAUCAUUUAUUUUGGAGAAUCCACCCGGAGAUGGAGGUUCAUCAAUUUGCGUGGAUUUUAUGGUAUAUUUGGAAAGCACGAAACAAUAAAGUGUUUAGCAAUUUGGAUAUGGAUCCAAUGGAUACUCUUAAAUUGGCAGAAAUGGAGGCGUUAACAUGGACUGAAGCACAGGUUAUCCAGCCACAGGACACAGAUCGUAGUAGCGUACGAUUACCGGCAAUAACCCCAACUGUACCAGGUAGAUGGUGUUUUACGGAUGGUUCCUAG